AUGGCAUUUGGAAUUUGCAUACUCUACGCGAUUGUCCAACGUGGUUCCUCUCUGGAGCGCCGCUCGUCCCUCUCCACUUGUAGGCUUGCGUAUGACAUGAAUGACAAACAGGACAGGCCCUAUGUCUGCGGCGCCCCCGGCUGCUCUCAGCGCUUCCAGCAGGAGGAGCAUCUGAUGGUCCACAAACACAAGCACGAGAUGACCCUCAAGUUUGCCCCUGCGAAGGCCGACUCCGCUUUCACAGACGAGACUCCGACGCCGACGCGAUUUUUGCAGAACUGUGAAGAAGUCGGCGUGUUUCGGGAGAUCGAGGAGGAGUUCCUUCAAGCACAAGAGGAGGAAAACAUCAAACGGACGCUUUCUCACAAUGGGCCGUCCUACACGAACCAGCACCAGCUCAAGCCCCAGCUUCAGCUCCAACACCCCCCCCAGCACCAGCACCCCCACCCCCAGCCGCCGCUGCAUCACCCCCAGCCGCCGCUGAGCCAUCCCCACAGCCACGGCCCCAUGAUGGCGCCCAGCUGCAGCCUGGCCGCCCAGCAGGCGCUGACCUCCUCCUCCCAGUCCGGGUCGGUCAUCACCCAGACUCCCUCCACCCUCACACAUUCAGGGCCGGUUCCCGGGGCGCUGUCCUGCCUCCUCCACAUGCGAAACAGACACAGACAGCCCCUGCCAGCCUCCUUACCUGGCACCCUGCCAGACCCCGCCAUGCAAGGGGCAUCUGCUCAGCACAUGACCAUCGAAAAGCAGAUGUCCUGUGCAAUGGGUAUACCAGCUCCUGUACACAACCCCUCCUGCUCCUCACCUCAGAGAGCCAAACAGACGAUGGGCCACCAUUACCAGCAGCAACACCCGGGAAUGGUCCCCCUCAACAGCCCCGGGACAUCCAUGGGUCAUUUGAUGGAGAUGAUGUCCCAGCGCUACCAAGCACCUCCGCUGGCGCAGCACCACCCCCAACAGCAGCACCACCACCCCCACCACCCUCAUCAGGCCCAGCUUCCGGCCCCGCCCGUGGCCUACCACCAGCGGUGCCACGCCCCGCUUGCACAGCACCUAGGCUCCCCCCAAGGCCACCAGCUCCACCAGUCAGGGAACGGGCCGCACGCUCAGGCCCACCGCUCUCCGCCUCCUCCGCACCUCCACCAGGGCUCGCCGCCCGCCCCGCCCCUCACCGUCCCGGCGCAGCUGUCGCCGGUUGGGCAGCAGAUGCAGCCGUCCCACUCCCAGCACGCAGUGCAGGCAGCUGGAGGCUGCAGAGAGGGAGGAGGAGGGGGAGGGGGAGGGGGCAGUAACCGGCGCAGGAGGACGGCGGAGCAGGACCCGGACGAGCGGCGGCAGAAGUUCCUGGAGCGCAACCGGGCGGCGGCCACCCGCUGCCGGCAGAAGAGGAAACUGUGGGUGUCGUCGCUGGAGAAGAAGGCGGAGGAGCUGACGCACACAAACCUGCAGCUACAGAACGAGGUGACGUCGCUGAGGUCGGAGGUGGGUCAGCUGAAGCAGAUUCUGCUCACCCACAAGGACUGCCCGGUCACCGCUCGGCAGAGGGAGGCGCAGGGGUACCCCACUGCAGGGGUGAGCCCAGGAGGAAGUCCCACCCCUGCAGGGCCUGGGGCUCAUCUCCCAGCUAUCCAGCACCACAGCAUUUCCACCUCCUCGCCGGCCGAAGGCGACAGCGGCCGCGCGCCCUAAGCCCGGACGCUCGCCUUCUGCUCACGAGCGCGUGUCGCCGAACGGGUCGGGCGAGGUGUUUGUGCCGUUUUCAGACUUUUCUGGGGUGACGGGUGCAAAAAGGAAUCCUGUCUGUGAGCCUUUGUGAGAACUGUGACAGUUACACGGCAACUGGAUUCUCUUGUCAGUGGAGUAAAUGACUGUUUUCUGUUUACAUCAGUCUAACCCUCACCUGUAACCCACAGACAAUCCACACACACAUACACACACACACACACACACACCAUCAGAACUCUCUGAACAGCCUUUGCUCUGAUAUCUUGCACUAAUUUAGAAAAUCAAAGCCUAAAUAUUUCAUGAAAGUUUCUAACCGAGCAGACGCUCCUGCACACCUUAUGCCUUUUAUCCGAAGCCAGGGCAGCUUACAAUAACUUGUACAGCUGUAUUUGUUCUAGUUUUUAUAAAAAAACAAAUAAAACAGUUUGAGGCUAAAUGAUAUUUUAAGCAAUGAAAUUUCACAGUGUUGUAAAUAGAAAGUCAGCCGAACUCUGCAUGUGUGUUGGACAGCCAUUUAAAAGAUGAUUGUACAGCGUUUCCUAUGAGGCACUUUUCUUUUUUUUGUAACACAAAUGCCUUGAGUCACUAAAGUACUACAAAUUGCACUUCAUUUCUAAAUCUCUGUCAGUUCAAUUCAGCUGGAAUUACAUUUUUGUAUUGUAAAGAUGAGGACAAUCGCUGUAAAUCUAAUGCUAAAAUAAAAAGACUUAUUCUGGUAUCUUCUUGUGAUUGAUUUGUUCUUUCUCAAAACAGGAAAACUGAGGGAUUUGGCCUUUUUCAGUCCGUUUGGGUAAACAGGUCAAGUUGGGCGUUUGUAUCUGCUGAGAUUAUGCUUAUCGGUUUGACUCUGAACUCACAGUGUGGUCUUCUCCUGCCAUCUAGUGUCU